AUGUCCUUGAAGUACGCGUUGGCGUGCCUCUCCGCGGUGGGUCUGGACGCCAAGCGGGCUUUCGUCAUCGUUGACACCCAGGAAUGCUUCCUGGAGAGUGGCAGCUUGCCGGUCGUCGCCUCGCAGAUCAUCCCGAAGCUGAACGAGAUCCGCAAUCAGAAGGACUGCCUCUUCGACGUCGUGGUCAAGACUCAGGACUACCAUCCGGUUGGACACAUCUCCUUCGGGACUGCCCAUGGCAUGGCUCAGGACACACCCAAUGCGCAGAUGUCGAACUCCUGGCGUGGGGCCAUGUCAAUGCAGUGCAUCAAGAACGGAGGCAACAAUGAGGCUUGCUGCCCACAGUACUACGUAAACAGCUCCUCCGUCACCUGCAAUCCUCCCUUGGAGUUCUGCGCGCCAGACGGCUUCUACAACGAGACCACGAACCCCAUGCUGAAUGGGAAUCCUGCCUGCAGCACUUGCAGGGACUCUCCGAGCUCGUGCUUCAGCAUGACCAUGGACCUCUGGUUGGACCACUGCCUGGAGAACGGAGACUCGACGCUCGCUCCCGGCGUGGUGUCCAAGAACAGCGAUGUCAUCGUCCAGAAGGGGCACCGCUACAUCGAGAUGUUCAGUGCUUUCAUGGACAACACCCGAAACUACAUGAGCGACUUGGACAGGAUCCUCAAGGAGAACAACGUGACUGAGGUGUAUGCCGCGGGCAUCGCGACGACGCACUGUGUCCGAUGGACAGUGCAGGAUGCCAUCCACCUCGGCUAUCAGGCGAGCAUCAUCAUGGAUGCCUCUGCGGGCAUCUGGGGAACCCCAACAAGUUAUGCCAACGAGACAGAGGCGAUCGCAGACUUUCAGAGCCAGGGCAUCACAGUUCUCAACACGGCAGACCUGCUCGCCAUGUCCUGCGAAGCCAAUCCCGUCGAUACCAGCAGCAGGGAGUUUCUCCGCGACCUAGCCAAGAGCUCUCUCUCAUUGCGUCUGCAGCUCCAGUCGUUGCCCUUCCCCUGGAAGGCCCCGGCGCUUGAGGGAAAGCUCUUCGGCCUGCAGUGGAUGGAAUGGAGGAAAAUGGAGGUGGGGCCAGUGCCUCUCACGAAGAACGACAGGUUGAUCGUAGCUCUCUUGCCGGCGGACAUCCAAGAAGUCCGUCUGCUCACGAGCGAUGUUCAGCGGAGGAGCCCUCCUGGGUCUGCUGAGGAGGACUUCGGCAAGCUGCCAGCCACUCUCGCUGCCGAGGCAAAGCACUCCGGGACCGUGCCGCUGAUCCUUUUCUUGAGGCGCUCGGAGACUGAUGGGGGCCCGCUGACAGCAGAGAUCUUGGAGUUGCUGGAGCUGUGUGCUGGCCUCUGCCGCAGCCGUGCUCGCGCCGAGCUCGUCGUUGUAUCUCAACGAUGUGCAUUGGCUGGCCUGCCUGGCGAGGGCUCCCCGGCGGCAGCUGCGCUGUGGGGGCUGGCCCGAUCCUUGCGCUUGGAGGCCCCAUGGGUUAACGUGAAGGCUGUGGAUGUGGAGAGACCUGAGGACCUGCAGCAAGUACUCCCCAUGCUUUUGAAUCAAGAGGAGGAGCUGGAAUGCGCCUAUCGUCGCGGCUCGCAUGUCAUGGCCUCUCGGUGCCGCGCCUCCGUCGCCAACCAGCCUUUGAGGGCAGCCCGUGAGCUGCUUAUGCAGGAGAUUUGGAGAUUUCAGGCCGUGGCCACCAUUGGGCGGCUGGCACCUUGUUGCCGGUGGCACAGGAGGCGCUGGCGCGGCGCGCACAGGCUCCUUGAACAGGGCAUGUGGGUAGAUGCACUUCGUACAGGAGAAGCAUGCAACCAUAAGCAGAUGUUCGCAGAACUGAUGUCGGCUGCAGACGAAGCUGCAGAGGCGAUGGAGUCAGUUGUGCAGCAGCUGCACCAACUGACUGGCGUCGUCCAUGCUGCACAGGCCCCCCUGGGCUACAGGGAGCUGUCAGGGCAGACAAAGGCCACUUUCCUCGACGAGUACUCGGCGUGGCUGGGGUUGAGCGUUGAGGUGAGUGGAGAGGUUGGCUUUGCGAACCCGCCUCGGCCUCCGCAGAAGGCCAAUGGCUCUGUCCGUAACCUACCACCGUCAGCUGGAUGGUGGGCCCACGAUCGUGGGAUCCUGAGACAUCCUGAUGAGGUAGUCAAGAACGGCUUCCUCGACGAGAGAGGUGGGCCUCAGGACGGCCCCGUCCAGCGCUCGAAAUCUGCGCCCCAGCGGCUUGCUGAGACCUCUGACGACCGGGUGCCCUGGGCUUACUUAGACCUGGAUGUUUGGGGACAGGGGCUGGGUUGA